AUGAUUGAAGAUGACAUACAUAUAAUUCAAAACGAUCCUUUAAUUAUAGUAGAUAAAUUUCCUUAUACCAAAAAAAAGGACGCUGACACAGACAAAAAAGUAAAGAAGAAAGAAAUUACGAAGAUAUAUUUCUUAACUCAUUUUCAUGCUGAUCAUUAUAUGAAUAUUAAUAAAUAUUUUAAUGAGAACGUUUUUUCCUCAACUAUAACAAAAAAAUUAUUAACAAAUAUAAUAGGAGUUAAUGAAAAAUAUGUACACAAUUUAAAGAUUAAUAGGAAUUACUAUCUAUUCAAUUUUGAAAUUGUUUUCAUUGAUGCUAAUCAUUGCCCUGGUUCAGUAAUUAUUUAUUUUGAAUUUGCUAAUGGCACGAAAAUUAUACACACAGGUGACUUUCGUUAUUCGAAUGUUCAUAGUUUUUUGAUAAAAAAGUUGCUAUAUUACGAUACAGCUAAUGGAGGAAAUGAAGAUGAUAAUAAAGAAAAACCGAAUGAUAUAAAAUUAGCGGAACCUAGGAAUCAUAUGUUGUUAACAGAAAGUGCAAGCAAAGAAUGUGUAUAUUGGAAUAAUAAAAAAUAUAGUGUUUGUUACGUGAGUGAAAAUUUUAAUAUUUAUAAUAGUAAUACAUAUAUUGUAGAUAUUGAAGAAUUCAGAAUAACAUAUUUAAAGAGUAUUGAAGAUUUAUUAGUGAAACUUGAAAAUAUGGAGGAAGCUUUUUAUUUAUAUGAUUCUAUAGAACAAGAAAAUUAUUUUAAUUAUUUCAUUUUUAUAGAAUUGUCAUUGUAUUUUAAUCAAAAUGAAUUAGAUAUUUUACUGUUAUAUGACAAUGAUAUGAAACUAAAUGAUAGUGUAAUUAUAAAUAAGGAAAACAUAAAAAACAUUCAAUUUGUUUCGGGAUAUCAGAAAAAAGAAGAGUUGUUAAAUAAUGAAAAUUCUAGGAGUAUUACCUUUUUAGUGAAAAAGGAAUUGAUAAAAUGCAAGGAUAAUAACGAAAUGCAUGAUUCUAUGUUCAAGAAAGGGAUUAAGAUUGAUAAUAUAAACCAUGAAUACAUAGUAAUGAAAAGUGAAAAAGAUAAUAAUAUAAAUGAAACUCAACAGUGUGAAAGUGUGCAUACAUGUCAACUAGAAAAGAUGACAAAAAAGAAGAAAAGAAAAUGUAUGAAUGAUACCACUGAAGAGGAAAAAAAUGAAAUUAGGUCAAAUAUAGACAAAAAAUUUUAUCUGAACGAAAAGAAAGAAAAUUCUAAUUAUAUAAGGACUAUUUACCUUGAUACAACAUAUGCACUGUCUAAAAAUAAUUUAUUUGCUCCACAAAUGUAUUUGAUUAAUUUCAUUAUUUAUCUGUGUAGAGACAAAAUAAAACGAGAUUCUUGUGUUAUGGGAACAGAGGAAAACAAUAAAUCCCGCCUUGCGAGAUUAAGAAAAAGGAUAAAAGGUACUCAAAAAAUUAUGGAAGACCUAGAGGGAGAGAAUAAGUGCAUAAUGUACGAUGGUGUAGAGAAGAGGGCAGGAAAAGUGGCAUCAAAAAAUGAAAUAGGUCAGAAGAGAGAUGAAAAGAAAAAUAUGUCCUUAAAUCAUAUAAAGUCAAAGGGGAAAAAAACAUUAUUUUUGUUUGGGACGUAUAAUUUGGGAAAGGAAAAAAUAUACUUAAGUGUUUCCGAAGCGUGCAACAUGAAAAUAUAUUACAAGAAUGAAAAGAAAAGAACGAUAAUCGAAUCCUUCUUAAGUAAUAAGAAUAUUUUAAAUAGAAUAACAGAUAAUAAGUUAGAAGCGCAGAUUCAUAUAGUUGAUAUUAGUUACUCUUUUAUAUUUCCCAAAAUUGAGAAUAGUAAAUUUAGAAAUUUAAUAGAUGAAGAUAUUGAAAAAGAAUAUGACUUUUUUUAUUAUAUCAUUCCUACAGGGUGGGUUAAAAAAUAUUCUUUUUAUCGCAAAAAUAACAUUUCCAUCUUUUUAAUACCAUAUAGUGAACAUUCAAAUUUAUCUGAAUUAAAAGAUUUUGUAAAAUCUAUUAAACCAUGUAAUAUAUUCCCCACUGUGUUUUCUAACCCCAAAGAAAAGAUGAAAAUAUUAAAUAUCUUUAAUCCAUAUCUUAAUUUAAAGAAGGAAGUAUACCAUUUUUUAAAAUUAAAUGAUGAAAGUUAUAUAGUCAAAAAUAAAAAAAUAUCAAAAAAAAGUGAUAAUGGGGAAGAAAAAGAAAAAAAAAAUGUAAUAUGCAAAACGAAGGCUGAAAAAAUACUCGUUGAUAGAAAUCAGCAGAAGUUAACUUUGUAUUUUCCCAUUACAAAAAGGGAGAUAAUUAAAAAGGAAAAAUAA